UGCUUGCACUGCCUGCCGAGCGCCCGCCGCGACGCCGUUCUCGCACGCCCGACCCACCACCGCCGGUGAGCGCUGUUCGCGAUGUGGUAUCUCGUCGUUGCCGAACGCCGGCUCCGCGUAUGUCCGCGCGCGCCGCACCACGAACGCCGCGUGCGCCUCUCCUGCCCGUCUCCAGACCUGCAAAGUACCUGGGUUCGUUCCCGGCGGGCGGCGGCGAACACGAGGCGCGUGUCGACACCGUCUCCCGACGUCUGCAUCUCAUGAAGCAGGAGAGCGGGCAUGCGGUGCCGGUACUGGUAGUGGUCGCGCUUUCGGGGGUGAAGGUAUGCGACCCCGAAGACCAGAGUGUGCGCAUGUCGCACGCGCUCCGGCGGAUAUCGUAUGCGACGUGUGAGUCGGCGCGCGCCCUCUUCGCCUUCGUGGCUCGCGAGCCGCGCUCCGAACCAACGCAUCAGUACUGCCACGCGUUCGAGACCGAUACGCCUGACCAGGCGGAGGAAUUGAACGCACUGGUGGGAGAUGCGUUCCGAAUGGCGUUCGCGUCGCAGCUACAACCUUCCGCACCGCUCUGGAGCAAAGAGCUAAGCGGUGGUGCGUGCACGCGCGCUCCUGACACUCUCCCUGGUCUGACGCACCACUACCCACACUGCUUGGAUAGGUCUCCAACACAAUGCGACAUUAUGGGCGGUUCGAAGCUAGACGCGUGCGAAGCCAGCGAACCCAGCGAAGCGAGCGAAGCAAGUCCGAGUUCUUCCGAGGAUUGGAACUCACCCACCGAGCUGAGCUGCUACCGACGACUGGGGGAACGAUUGGAGAGGAUGGAGAGACCGCCGCUGAUGAAAAGAUUAGCGCUCGGUCUCAGUGGCGCCUUGUUGCAGCCCUCAGACGACGACGCCACACCUCUUGUCACAGAUACUCCUACUACCCCUACAAAUGUUCCACUCUGUCUCAAUGGAGGGUACAUUAACGAAGCGUCCGAGGCGGAGGCACGCACGCGUGAGAGUAACCGCGCGCGCCUCGACACUUUACCCUGCGAUCUCGACGCUGAUUUUAGAAAAUGCAAUAAUAUUAGUAAUGGACCGAGUACGGGUAGCGGUGCAACGUCGUCAUCUUCGGGUGAAUCGUCGUGUGGUGCGUCGCGCGCGUCUGGUAAUAACAACGCGCGUCCUUUAGAACCGGAGCUCCGACACGCGCCCUGGUUUCAGCAGGGCAUACCGAGAGAGAUUGCACUGGAGGUUCUCGGCGCGCAAUCUCCCGGCGCGUUUCUCGUGCGCGGCAGCACGACGCAGACCGGCUGUCUCGCGCUCUCUUUGCGUGUGCCACGAGACUUCGCGCCGCUGGGGAUAGCCCACUACCUCAUACUGCGGACACCUAAAGGAUAUAAGAUUAAGGGCUUCACGAAGGAGUUCAGCUCGCUUUCGGCAUUGGUGACGCACCACAGCGUGAUGCCGGAGCUGCUGCCGGUGCCGCUGCGGUUGCCGCGCGCGCCCGCCCGCCCCCGUGCCGACCUAGAGCCGCUCGAGCGCCUCGCGCCCCCGCGCGCUUCCGCCCCGCACAACGGAUACCGCGCCCAGCUCGAUGUCUGAGCCCGCUCGCCAGUUUACUCGUCGGUA